GAGAACCAAUAGUAUCUCAGGACGUUUCGGCUCCGCCGGGCACUUUCCCACGGCGCAUUUUGAUUGGACGGCGCGGGGCGGCUCGGAGCGCUGUCUUGAGCUCAGGCCGGUGCAGCUGCGCGUCUGUCUAGGGGAGCAGUGCUAUAGGUUCGUUUCAAAAUGGACUCGACCCUAACAGCAAGUGAAAUCCGGCAGCGAUUCAUCGAUUUCUUCAAGAGACAUGAACACACCUAUGUUCAUUCAUCCGCCACCAUCCCGUUGGAUGAUCCCACUUUGCUCUUUGCCAAUGCCGGCAUGAACCAGUUCAAGCCUAUCUUCCUGAACACUAUUGAUCCCUCUCACCCGAUGGCAAAGCUGAGCAGAGCUGCCAAUACCCAGAAAUGCAUCCGAGCAGGAGGCAAGCACAAUGACCUGGACGACGUGGGCAAGGAUGUGUACCAUCACACCUUUUUUGAGAUGUUGGGCUCUUGGUCUUUUGGAGAUUAUUUUAAGGAAUUGGCGUGUAAGAUGGCACUGGAACUUCUCACCCAAGAGUUUGGCAUUCCUGUGGAAAGACUCUAUGUUACUUACUUUGGUGGGGAUGAAUCAGCGGGCUUAGAACCAGACCUGGAGUGCAAGCAGAUCUGGCAAAAUCUGGGGCUGGAUGACAGCAAAAUCCUUCCCGGCAAUAUGAAGGACAACUUCUGGGAGAUGGGUGACACGGGCCCCUGUGGUCCCUGCAGUGAGAUCCACUACGACCGGAUUGGCGGUCGGGAUGCAGCACAUCUUGUCAACCAGGAUGACCCCAACGUGUUGGAGAUCUGGAACCUUGUCUUCAUCCAGUAUAACAGGGAGGCCGACGGCGUCCUGAAGCCUCUCCCCAAGAAGAGCAUCGACACGGGCAUGGGCCUGGAGCGGCUGGUGUCCGUGCUGCAGAACAAGAUGUCCAACUAUGACACUGACCUCUUCGUCCCGUACUUCGAAGCCAUUCAAAAGGGCACAGGCGCACGGCCAUACUCAGGGAAAGUGGGCGCUGACGACGCGGACGGGAUCGACAUGGCCUACCGGGUGUUGGCUGACCACGCGCGGACCAUCACCGUGGCCCUGGCGGAUGGCGGCCGGCCCGACAACACAGGCCGGGGGUAUGUGUUGAGACGGAUUCUCCGCCGGGCAGUUCGCUACUCCCAUGAAAAGCUCAACGCCAGCAGAGGGUUCUUCGCUACCUUAGUGGACGUUGUUGUACAGUCCCUGGGAGAUGCAUUCCCUGAGCUCAAGAAGGAUCCAGAUAUGGUGAAGGACAUCAUUAAUGAAGAAGAAGUGCAGUUUCUCAAGACUCUGAGCAGAGGGCGGCGCAUCCUAGACCGAAAAAUUCAGAGUCUUGGAGACAGCAAGACCAUUCCCGGGGACACUGCGUGGCUUCUUUAUGACACUUACGGGUUCCCAGUGGACCUCACGGGACUGAUCGCUGAGGAGAAGGGCAUGCUGGUCGAUAUGGAGGGCUUUGAAGAGGAGAGGAAACUGGCCCAGCUGAAAUCCCAGGGCAAGGGAGCUGGAGGAGAGGACCUCAUUAUGCUGGACAUCUAUGCCAUUGAAGAGCUCCGGGAAAAGGGUCUCCAGGCAACAGAUGACUCCCCAAAGUACAAUUACCACUCGGACUCCAGCGGUAGCUACGCAUUUGAGAGCACGGUGGCCACGGUGCUGGCCCUGCGCAGGGAUAAGAUGUUCGUGGAUGAGGUGUCCACGGGCCAGGAGUGUGGCGUGGUGCUGGACAAGACCUGCUUCUACGCUGAGCAAGGAGGACAGAUCUACGACGAAGGCUACCUGGUGAAGCUGGAGGACAGCAGUGAGGAUAAAACUGAGUUCACGGUGAAGAACACACAGGUGCGAGGCGGGUACGUGCUGCACGUGGGGACCAUCUACGGCAGCCUGCAGGUGGGGGACCGCGUCCGGCUGUUCAUCGAUGAGCCCCGCCGCAGACCCGUCAUGAGCAACCACACGGCCACCCACAUCCUCAACUUCGCGCUGCGCUCUGUGCUGGGGGAGGCCGACCAGAGAGGCUCCCUGGUCGCGCCCGACCGCCUGCGGUUCGACUUCACAGCCAAGGGGGCCAUGUCUACCGAACAGAUCAAGAAGGCCGAGGAGAUUGCUAACGGGAUGAUUGAAGCAGCCAAGCCAGUCUACACCCAGGAUUGUCCCCUAGCAGCAGCGAAAGCCAUCCAGGGCCUGCGGGCUGUGUUUGACGAGACCUAUCCUGACCCCGUGCGUGUCGUCUCCAUUGGGGUCCCGGUGUCCAAGCUGUUGGAUGACCCCUCGGGUCCUGCUGGCUCCCUCACUUCCGUGGAGUUCUGUGGAGGAACGCACCUGCAGAAUUCGAGCCACGCGGGCGCUUUUGUGAUCGUGAAUGAAGAAGCUAUUGCCAAGGGCAUCCGGCGGAUUGUGGGCGUCACGGGUGCGGAAGCCCAGAAGGCCUUGCGGAAAGCAGAGAGCCUGAAGAAUUCCCUCUCGGACAUGGAGGCCAAAGUCAAGGCCCAGACUGCACCGAAUAAGGACGUGCAGAAGGAGAUCGCAGACCUUGGUGAGGCCCUGGCCACCGCGGUGAUCCCCCAGUGGCAGAAGGAUGAAUUCCGGGAGCAUCUCAAAUCCCUGAAGAAAGUCAUGGAUGACCUGGACCGUGCCAGCAAAGCCGACGUCCAGAAACGAGUGUUGGAGAAGACGAAGCAGCUCAUCGACAGCAACCCCAACCAGCCCCUCGUCAUCCUGGAGAUGGAGAGCGGCGCUUCGGCCAAGGCCCUGAAUGAAGCAUUGAAGCUCUUCAAGACGCAUUCCCCUCAGACAUCUGCCAUGCUCUUCACGGUGGACAACGAGGCCGGCAAAAUCACGUGCUUGUGUCAAGUCCCCCAGAACGCAGCCAAUCGGGGCCUGAAAGCCAGCGAGUGGGUCCAGCAGGUGUCCGGCCUGAUGGAUGGCAAAGGGGGUGGCAAAGAUGUGUCCGCGCAAGCCACAGGCAAGAACGUGGGCUGCCUGCAGGAGGCACUGCAGCUGGCCACUUCCUUCGCCCAGCUCCGCUUGGGAGAUGUCAAGAACUGAGGGGAGGCCCAGCUCCCAUGGGGCAGUGCGGCCCUCGCCCAGGUGGACCGUCCCAGCCACAAGGACACUUGAAUCUCGGGACGUUUAAACUCUCUCACCUGCCUGCCUAACCCAGCAGUAACUGGAGCUCACCUGGGAGCCGGCCGGUGCCCACAUUACAUUUCUGCCCUGCGCCGUCCACAUUGGCACCGCCCGUCUAGAACCACUUUCCCAGGGUUGCUAUUUAUCAUCCUCGCACUCAUGUCUACCUAUGAACUCUGCAGGACGGAGGCUCUGGGCUGUAGACAGGAGCCACCUGUGCUGCAGAGAAUUAAAGGACCAUGUGCAAUA